UGGUGCCGGCGUUUCAGUCUUGAUUUUCUGUUAGAUCAUUCAAGUUGUAGGAAAGUGAUAUAAAAUAUAGUAAAAUAUAGUAAAGUCAGAGAUUUGAUAUAAUUGAAGGAGUCUUUUGUGACUAUAAUUUCAUACGGAAUCGUGUUUGUUGUACAUUGUGCAUAGCAUUGGAAAUCGACGUUAUAUAUAUAUAUAUACAUCAACCUAAUUCAACAAAUAAGGUUAACCGGCGAUAAGUUUAAGAUAAGAAAAUAGAAACAGAGAAAUAAAAAAGAAAUGGCGCCUAAUGUAACAAGUACUCCAUCAGGUAUAUUUGAUGGAGAUAAUCGUUCAGAUCAAGCAAUAAUCGAGACACCUAAAAAAAAAUACAAGAAACAUAUUAUUUGGAGAAAUGUGAUUAUCUUCUCUUAUCUUCAUCUAGCUGCUGUAUAUGGAUUAUAUCUGGUUUUUACAUCUGCACAAUUUAAGACCACUUUGUUUGCAUUAUUCCUGUACAUAUGUACUGGACUGGGAAUUACAGCUGGUGCUCACAGAUUAUGGGCACACAAAUCUUAUAAGGCAAAAUGGCCACUUGAGUUAGUACUAGUAAUUUGGAAUACUAUGGCAUUUCAAGAUGCAGCAAUUCAUUGGGCUAGAGAUCAUAGAGUUCAUCAUAAAUACAGCGAAACAGAUGCGGACCCUCAUAAUGCGACGAGAGGAUUUUUUUUCGCGCACAUAGGUUGGCUCUUGUGUAAGAAACACCCGGACAUUAAAGAAAAGGGCAAAAGAAUCGAUAUAAGUGAUCUGGAGAAAAAUCGUAUAUUGGCAUUCCAAAGAAAAUACUAUUUAAUUCUGAUGCCUCUAUUUUGUUUCGUUUUACCGACCAUUAUUCCGGUCUAUGGUUGGAAUGAAACUUGGUCCAAUUCAUAUUUCGUGGCAACAGUUUUGCGUUAUGUUUUCGUGCUGAAUAUGACUUGGCUUGUCAAUUCUGCUGCUCAUAUUUUUGGAAACAAACCAUAUGACAAGUUUAUCAAUCCUUCGGAGAAUAAAGCGGUGGCCAUAGGAGCUCUUGGUGAAGGUUGGCAUAAUUAUCACCAUGUAUUCCCAUGGGAUUACAAAACGGCAGAAUUAGGAAAUUACAGAUUUAAUGUUACAACAGCGUUUAUUGAUAUGUGUGCAAAGCUUAGACUCGCAUAUGAUUUGAAAUCGGUUCCUUCUGAUUUAGUGAAAAAACGAGUGGAGAGAACCGGCGAUGGAAGUCAUAAUCUGUGGGGUUGGGGUGAUAAGGAUCAAACACAAAAAGAUAGGGAGGUGACGAUGGUUUAUCAUAAGGCUUAUUAAAAAAUGAAAAAAAGACCAUUAAGAAAUGUAAUUAACAAUGCGAGCUAAUUGUUCACUUGUUUUUUAUAAAACAAUUGAACUAUGGCUCACUUUGUAUAUAUUUAGGGGGUGGAGGAAUAGGAAAUAUCUGGGAAUCAUUGGAAAUAUUUUGAAAUAUCGCUUAAUAUUUUUAAUUAUAGUCCCAGUUAUAGUCUUAGCUGUACUCUAUUUUUAUCAAAAAUAUGAAUCUGAAAUUAUUCAACUAUUCAAUGAUGAGUAAAACAUUUACAUAUUGUUUUGUUGUAUUCUCAUAAAAAUUGAUAUGCACAGUAAUAAGAUUUCUCGUUUUUAGAAAUAUACAUUAAUGUAUGUAUUGCUAUCAAAAAGAAAUCUUUAUUUUUACAUUAUUAUUAAACAAUUUUUAGCGUAAUAGUUGUGCUGUAAAUAUCGAUUUUUACAAAUUAAAAGAUAUUAAUCGAUUUGAUAAACUAAUAUAUCGAAAAUUAAAUAAUAAAUAUAUCGAUUAUGCGAUUGAUUUGAAGUCAUUUGGCGGGUUCUAAAUGUCCUCAAAUAAUCUAACGAGAAAAUCCACAGUGAGACAUUUCAACGAAAUUCGAAAUUGCAAUGAUAUUCGCAUGUGGAAAUCAUUUGAAAUUAGAUACAGUAGAAUUGCGAUAAUUCUCUGAAAAUACUUGUCAAGAUUAUCAAAUAUUUCGAAUUCUAAGACUAAGAUUUGAAAUUUGGUGAGAAAAAAUUUAAAAAAUAAUAAAUUAAUACAAUUUAUUAAGAAAUAUGAAAUAAGUAUUUUUUUACGAAAUAUGUUUUGUAAUAUAUUUAUUGAAUAAUAAUAACAAGCUAAAAUAGAAUUAUGCGUCUUGGAUUAUUGAAUAUCGAAAUUCUACUGUAUUCUAAAAACUUAUAUUAAUAUUAAUACUAGUUCGUUAAGUACAGUCUAUAUAAUCUAUAGAUUUUUGAUUGAAUAAUUUUCCUUUCAAUCUAAUCCUACGUAAAUUCUAUUUUUGAAAAAUUCAUUUCCUUUUUUUUAUUUACUGGUUUAACAAUUUUAGAAAUCGAUGUUAAAGAAUAUAAAUUUGAAAACUCUUUUAAUAUUUCUUAUAAGAAAAAAGAUGAUUAGAUGAUAAUUAAACAAGACAAUAAUCUUUUGUUAAAUAACUUCUUUCACAUAUUCAAUAGCAAAUUAACAUAAUUCUUAUAUAUAAAUAA